AUGGGAUAUGUAGGAAAAUUAAGAGUAACAUUAUGGACAGUAUCAAUUAUUUUGAUGUUGGCUGGUAGUUUGGGUGUAAUUAUAUAUAACAAAUCAGAGGGUAUGGUCGUUACGAAGAAACCUAUCCUUGGUCAAGUGUGGUGGAAUGCCAUCAUAGGUCUACAUGCGAUCUAUUUAAUUGGUACUGGUUUUGAAAUCCUGAGUAGAGCAUACCUUAUGAUGGUAGGAUCGACUUGCUCGGAACAAAGAAGAGUCUUCUUAUGUUGUUUCUUAUAUUCAAUGAUGUCAUGGUGGAAACUUAUGAUUGUUAUUGGAGUUAUCUCAUUUAUUAUUUUGGCUGGUGUCACCGGUAUUAUCAUUGCAUUCGAUACCAGUAUUAAGAUGACAGUUCUUAUUCGUUUGGCAGCAAGUACCGGUGUUUCAGCGAUUCAAAUCUUGUUCACCACUCUCAGUUUCGUUUCCUCGAGAAAACUACAAAGACGUCAAGACGAAGAGGAGGAAGCAUUACACGGUCCAAAGAAGGAAGAGACAUCAAGUCAAUCUAAAGAUGCUCCACCCGCUAUCAUCAAAUCCAACAAAGAAGAAGAUAAAUCAUCACAAGCAUCAGGAACAACAGCUGGUGGAGAUUCAAACGUAGUACCUGCUUAA